CUGAUGUCCACAAGAGUUAGUGCAUAUGUUUUACUUAACUACUUUGUUCCACUUGUGACCUACCAGCUAGUUUCACAGAUGACCUGGGAUUGUAUAAUAUUUGUGUUUUUCGGUGGGAUACUCAGAUAUCUUGUCAACAAAUAUGCUUCAGAUGACUUCUUAGAUAGCCUUACAUAUUCUUCUUUAAAUCAGUGGGACUCUGUUUCAGAAGGGAUUUAUUUACAGAAUCAUGGCAUUUCUCCAUAUGACGGUGACGUGGUACAUCAGACUCCACUUAUGCUCACGAUUUGGUCGAAUCUGUUGAAGCUCACAAAUAGGAAUAAAUCAAUUUUCUUCUUGGCUUUGGAAUGCACCAUGCUAUUUUCAUUGGCCGUAUUUUGUCAGUCCGCGCUAAAGUUUAUGCUUUCUCUACAAAAGUGUUCCAAAUCCUCAGUAAACGAAUCAUCGAAGCAUCUUUUAUUAAAGGAAACGGAUCUAAAAAAACUCCAGGCUCUCUCACUCAUUUGGUAUUCACUUAAUCCUUACUCAAUACUAGUAUCUGCCUCCAGUUCAACCUGUAUCGUGUAUAACAUAGUAUUCCUGUGGAUCAAUAUUUCCAUCUGUAAAGGCUACCUAUUGCUGGCUUCUGUUUUAUGCGCUUUCGGAUGUUAUAUCCAUCUCUAUCCAGGAUACCUGAUUUUUCCAGUUCUAGCUGCUGCUUAUUUGCGUUCAUCAAAUGAAUUAAAAACAACAACAAUCAAUCGUGUAUUAACUAGCUGUCUUCCUCUGUUAACUGCUUUCAUCACCAGUUUAUUAACUCUCCUAUGGAUUAGUUAUAUUAUACAAAAUAAUGAUUGGAGAUUUUUAACUUCAGUUUAUUGGCAUACAAUAACCGUAGCUGAUUGUACUCCUCAAAUGGGUAUCUAUUGGUAUAUGUUUGUUGAAAUGUUUGAACAUUUCCGUGAAUUUUUCACCUGGGUUUUCCAACUACUUAUAUUUAUUUUAGUAGUUGGACUAACACUUAAAUUCAGUCAUAAUCCAUUGUAUAUAUGCUUGAUUGCAUCACUCUUGAUGAAUGUAUUACAACCAUAUCAUAGUAUUGGUCAACUUGGCCUGCUAAUAUCUAUUCUGCCUGUAUGGAAUCAUAUAUUAAAGCAAACCCAUUUGUUGUUCAUAUCAACAUGUUUUCUGGUUACUGCACUUAUUCUCAGUCCACUAUUUCAUUAUAUCUGGUUACAACCGGGUACAGGGAAUGCAAAUUUCUAUUUUUCUGCAUCAUUAGUUCAUGCAUUUGGACAGGUAAUACUUAUCACAGAUUUGUUAAAUGCUCAAGGGAAAUAUGAUUAUUAUUUACGUGUUGGAGACAAGUUCAAACUGAGUACUGGUGAAGAGUUGAAAUUAAUUCAAGAAUAGAUAGAUGUAAAUAUGUAUUGUAACAUCAGAGAAGAAUAACAACGAAAAUAUUCGGCAUUUUCUUUUCACUACUGCUUCCAUAUGGGGAUUCAAAACACACACAAAAAACAGUCUACUAACGCCUUCUAGCUGUUGUUCUGAACGGUGUAAAUACGCGUGUAUUUGUGGUUGCAUGUUUUUGUGUACUUGUGGAGGUGUGCUUUCGACAUUGCUCUACAUGCUUACUUCUUUUAUAAUGUUAUAUAUAUUAAUAACAAUAAUAAAAAUCUGCAAUGUAUUAUACACGUUUUUCUAUUUAUAUAAUGAGUUUGCUUGUUAGUUAGUGUGUGUGUCUGUGACUUUGUGUGAAUUUCCCUUACAUAUUUUAUUUUACAUUUAAUUAAAUUUGUAUAAAUAAGUAAUAUAUUGGGUAGUGCACAUCGGUGAUUUGGUUCGGCGGUAGAAGAAUGCCCGCCCC